GUGGCCACCGAUAAACUUAGUACAAACGAAGAAAAAUUACGUACCUAUGAAGAAAUAUUUCUCUUUGUGUUUUGAAUCUUUGUGAUUAUAACGGUUUGAUUGUCAUUGUUUAGAUUCUACGACCUCAUUAUGAGUUGAAAUGAAACAAAAUGGCUUCAGCAAAGCUUGAAUAAUGUAAUCAUAAUUUGGUUGCAAUAAUAAUAUGGCUGAGUGUCAAAAAUAUUGGCCAUUCCUGUCAAACCAAAAUAUAACUUUAAUUUUUCCAUGAUAAAUAUUCAUUCUGAAAGAUGGAGAUAAUAGGAGAUUACGAAUAUAACAAAAAAGAUUUAAUCGGACAUGGUGCCUUUGCAGUUGUCUUCAAAGGAAGAUACAGAAAGAGAUUGAAAAUAUCCGGCAAGAAGCCUGAUGUUGCUGUGGCUAUAAAAAGUAUAACCAAGAAAAACAUUGCCAAGUCUCAACAGUUGCUAAGCAAGGAAAUAAAAAUACUCAAGGAAUUGUCUGAUCUUCAUCAUGAGAAUGUUGUUGGCUUAUUGGAUUGUAAGGAAACAUCCAACCAUGUUUACCUGGUUAUGGAGUACUGUAAUGGAGGAGACUUGGCUGACUAUUUACAUGUUAAAGGAACAUUAAGUGAAGAUACAAUCGUGGUGUUAUUAAGACAGAUAGCUGCUGCUAUGAAGGCAUUAAAUGGUAAGGGUAUAGUUCAUCGGGAUCUAAAACCACAGAAUAUAUUGCUUUGUCAUGUCGGCAAGAAAAACCCACAAGCUUCUGAUCUCAAACUUAAAAUAGCUGAUUUUGGGUUCGCUCGAUUUUUACAGGAUGGUGUCAUGGCUGCCACAUUAUGUGGUUCACCUAUGUACAUGGCACCCGAAGUGAUAAUGUCCUUACAGUAUGAUGCUAAAGCUGAUUUAUGGAGUAUUGGUACCAUUGUCUUCCAGUGUCUAACAGGAAAAGCACCGUUUCAGGCUCAGACACCACAACAAUUAAAACAAUUCUAUGAAAAGCACAGUGAACUCAAACCUAAUAUUCCUCAAACAACUUCUCCAGAACUAAGGGACUUACUUCUAAAACUGCUGAAGAGAAAUGCAAAGGACAGGAUUGAAUUUGAUGAUUUCUUUAUACAUCCUUUCUUAAAGCCAGUUGUCAAGACAACAUCUUCUCCAGUACCUGUGCCAAAUAGAAGUCCAACUUAUUCCUCGGAGGGGUCAACACCCGGUAAACACACAACGUCUUCACCAUCAUCUAGUAAUAUGGAUUUUACUACAUCACCCCAACAGGGUGGUAAAGAUGAUGUAUUUUCCGGUGCACCAGGUUCUGAAGCCGAAGAAGAUUUCUUGAAAAUAGAGAAAGAACAGGCUCGUAGACCUAUAAGCAGAAGUCCGCCUGAUGAUUUUGUUUUGGUUCCACCAUCAUUACCGUCUGAUAAUUCAGGUGGUAGUAUGGGUGCUGUAUUGAAUGCUCCAUUAGCAGAAGAAGAAAUGGAUAUUAUUAGUGAUGGGCCACCCCAUUCAUUAAGAGUUGUAGCAGCAAGUCCAGCUACUGGAACAGUUACGUUUAGAAAAGAUGCUCAGACAAGUCCUAGUCGACCAGCCACUCUGUGUGUAUCUAGUCCUACUACCUCACCUACACCAUCAGAUCCAAUACCUGUACCGUCACAGAUGAGAGCUUAUCAAAAACUACACACAACCUCUCCUACUAGUCCUGUUAUAAAACGUAUUAUGUCAGAUUCACCUAUUAGAGUAGAAAAAAAUAGAACCCGAAGAUAUUCUGAAAAUGUUUUAUCUGGUCCUGAUAUAGGUUCAUUAUCUCCACCAUCAGUUCAGUUUUCUAUUGGUACACCACCAAGUACAACUGGACAGUGGAGACGAAGUAGUGCAAAUACUCCACCGACCAGACCAUCAGGUACCCCACCAAGUAUCACUGGUUCUCCCUUAAGACGCUCUGCUGGAUCAUCACCAAGAAUAUCUCCACUACCAUUUGGUUCUUGUGGUGCGUUACCAACCAUAUUAGGUUCUCCAACUAAAUUAAAAGAUGGUUAUAAUUUUAAACAGCUUCCAGAACCUAUCACACAAGACCCGGUACCAUUUGGUUGUAACAAUCGAGAUAAUGUUCCUGCUAUAGGUUUUAGAGAGAUUUCACCAGAGAAUAGUAGAUUAGAAUAUCACCGAUCUAAUACAGAUCCUGAAUUUAAUAAAGGAACCAGUUUAUUAUCUCAACAGUUAUUAAGGGCUGCCUUCGCUCAUCCUCCACCAGGAACUGUGGUGCCGUUUAGCAAUGGUAGAUCAAACAGUCGAGAAAACAUAGAUAAACAGAGUUCUCUAGAGAGGGAAAGAUCUUCAUCUUUCUUUAGAAGAAGUAGUAGUUCCUUCAUGGAAACCUCACCACCUGUCUCCGGUCUUUAUGCUCAGUCUCCACCCAACAUGGAGGGACCCAUAACAUUUGUUGCUCCUGAACUAUCUGAAGAAACGCUGAUGGAUGAUGAACAUAAUGAAAUAAUGGCCAAGUUAACGUUUGUGUUGGAUUUAGUUGAAUGUAUCAUGGAGUUAGCUCAAGUACGAGGUGCUGCCUUGACAUCAUUCACUGAUUCCUUCUCAUCUAAACAAGGUGAUAGUCUACCAGCUGAACAAGUACCUAGAUUUACUGAAGCUCAAAGACAUCUAGAGCAGCUAGUCCUCUAUGUUAGAUCUCUGCAUUUAUUAUCAUCAGCUUUACAACUGUCUAGACAAGAAAUAAAGAUGGAGAAAUUACAAGCUUCUAAUACACUUAGAUCAGUUUUAUGUGAUAUGAAUAAACUAUACCACAAGUGUGUAUCAGAAUGUAGAAUAUUACAUCAACGAUUGGCUAAAAUCUGUAAAACACCAUUAACACCACAGUUAGUUGUAUCAACAGCAGAUAAACUUAUUUAUAACUAUGCUAUUGAAAUGUGCCAAUCUGCUGCAUUAGAUGAAUUAUUUGGAAAUCCACAGGAAUGUUUCCGUCGAUAUACGGUAGCCCAGAUAUUAUUACAUAGCUUGGCUCAACAAACUAGAAAUGCUAGAGAUAAAGAUCUCUUGAAUAAAUAUAAACUCUCCGUUGAACAUAGAUUGUCUAAUCUCCAAACUCCAGGAACGGUACCAGCAUAGAUUAAACAAAAUUAUAUCCACGAAGAGUACCCGAUGAAAUAGAACUAUAUUCAGUUCAGUACAAACUAAGAUUAGAAUUAUUCCAGGAAUGUUAAAAGUUUAGAAUAAAACCAGUUCAAAAGAACUGUAGAAGUCUCUUACUUAAAUAAAAGAACACAUGAGAAUCAACUGCCUAAUUUACCGUCAAUAAACCAUGGACAAAAACUGUAUAAUAAUAAGAGUAAAAUGCUGUUGAUUGUUUUUGCUGUUAAGAAAUACUGCAUUUUAUUAUACACCCUGAUAUAUCUGUUUACAUAUAGAUAUACUUAUAAUAGAUAUAAAAUCAUUAUACGUAUACCAUGGGCAUUAUUAAUGUCCGAUUUUUUUUAUCGUCACCGUUCUGCAUCAUGUGAUAUACUUAUUUUCAUCCGAAUUUUUUGCUUUGUGCAAUUUGAUGUUUUGAGAUAUUUUACACAUGAUUCUUGCCGUUGUUGUUUAUCACCUUCAUCCAUCGUCACUGUGCUGGUUUAUCUUGCGAGGAGGAAAAGACGCGAAUGUUUUUCACCGGAAAAAUACACGAAAAAAGACCAAAAAAUAGUUGUUUAGUCACCUGAACUGUUAUUGAUUGAGUUCACCUGAGGAAUAUGUUAAAUGGACAGAAAAUAGUUAUUGUGGUGGCAUCAAACCUCUUAUUGUGCUAUAAUUCAAAUGGAUAAAAUAAGAUAAUAUGAGAAUGAUUUCAUCUUUUAGAAGAAAAUGUUAUAAAAAUAUCCUUGUAUAAUGAUAUGUUUGAAUUCCAUAUAUAUUUAGGUUGUGUGCCAUGUAUACUGUUGUCGUGAUAGUAGCUUUUCUUAUAUUUUCAUUUAUCACAUGUAAAUCACUCUUAUUAACUUCAUAUUUCAUCAAAUCUCAACUUUUAAUACACUAUUUUGAUUGAAGGGAAUUUUAGUUGGAAAAUUGAUCUAUGGUUUUGAGAAGAACUGGACAGAUAUUGUGAAUCAUAAUGUGUUAUUUGCAAAAUUUGUAUGACAGAAAAUCUGGAACUUUCUCGUUUGUGACGGGAGAAUUAACGUAAAAUUGAUAUUUGAUGUAUGUGUGUGUGUGAAGUUGGAUGAUGACAGUAAGAGAAAUUUGAAGGAAAGACCAACUUCUGUGAAGGGUUUAGGAAGUGAAUAGUGUUAUUUGUUCUAGUUUAUUAUAGUUGACUUGAUAUUCUUCAUAAACCGUUUAUAUAAAAAAACGGUUUCUUAGUCUCAUGUAAAUAGAUUUAUCAUAUUUUAUUGUAUAUAGUUGUUUUAAUUUUAAUAUAUUUCAUUCAUCAUUAUAGUGCCUGUAUAUCAUAUUAUACUACAUAUUCAUAUUGUAAUGGUAUUACAACAUACUGAUACCUUGACUGUGUUGGCUGAUGUUGUUGUAUCGCAGAGCACAUCAGCUGUAGGGCUUGUUAUAAAUCCAUUUUAGGCAUUAAGCCUAGUAAUCAAACCUUUUUAAAAGUUUUCUUGAACAGUAGGAUGUGAAACCCCAUUUCAUUUCAUUUAAAGUUUUCUUAUUUCUGAUGCAUUUUCCAAUGUACAAUAAAACGGCUAACUCAGUCAAGGUAACGGACAUAUGUCAUAAUGUCUUAACAAUGUGAAGAUGAAUAUAUUCCAAUAGUAGUAUUAUACAGAAAAAAAACACCAAAACAAAAAAUGUUUUUCAUUGUUUAUAUAUAUCUCAAUGUAGUAAAACUUAAUGUAUGUAAUAAUAAUUUAUAAAAAAAAGAUUAUAGAUGUUCAUUUUAUCAUGCAUCUGGGUUCUUUUCUCUGUGCUUUCACCAAAUAUAUAAUAAAUAUUGUUGUUUUAGUCUUUCAAUUGUAAGCUUAAAACUUAUAUAUUAAGACAUUGUUUAUAUGUCAAGGCAUUUUUAUCCCUCAUAUUUCAAAUUUGUAAAUUUCAUUUCCAUAAUUUAUCACCUUUUAAACACUCACACGCUUAAAGAUGCAUUAUAUAAGAUUUAGAUAAAGUGCUGGACUUUCUUGCUGUAAUAAUACUGUGUAGAUUGUUCAUUAUCGUAGCAAUGGUACUUGACAACCAAGACUUAGACCAUUUGAUUAUAGGCUUGUCAUGUCAUUGAAUGUCUAAAUAAUAAUUUAUAUAACAUUUGAAGCCAAAUGAAAGACAUGUAAUAGGUAGACUUAGCUCUUACAUAAUGCAUCUUUAAAGAAGAAACUAAUUAAUGACCAUGCCAUGAUUUCUAUAUAAUGUGGUCAAUGUUUUUUUUUUAACAUCAGCUGAUUUUUAGUAAAUUUCUAUUUAGUCAUAUAGAAGUAGAAUACUGGUGAUUUUUUUAUGUAUAUAAUAUAUAUAUAUAUAUAUAUACAUACACCGUUAGUUUCAAUUUUUGUUCAAAUUGAAAUCUUUGGUAAUCUCCAAGAAAAAAAUAAUCGAAUUCAUUUGGUCAUGUAGGCCCAUAUGAAAUGUACAGCUCUUAUUUAAUACUAUCUUCAUCAUUUUUUGGAUAGUUACAUUGAGUUUAGAUUAACGAUUUGAUUUUCAUGAGUAGGCAUGUAACACCAAUAUGGGUUGAAGCUAUCUGAUUGGCUGAACAUGUUUUUAUCGGAAUUUAAAUUUCAACCAGUCAGGUACAGCCAAUACCAUUCUGGGUUAACAAAUCAUAUUUGAAGCUAUCUGAUUGGCUGAAAAUUGUUAUUGGAAUGGAAUCCAAAUUUUAACCAGUCAGGUGAAGCUAGUUUAACAACAUGUAUCAAAUUAAUAGGGUAAGCUGAAAUCUGGUUAAUCAAAGGCUUGUACAUGUAUCUCAAACUAUCAAUGAUUAAUGGCGAUGUGUCUGGUUUGAGUUGUACAGGUAUAUGAGCCUUAGUUUCACCAUUUAUUGUUAUUUCAUUUUAAAUCAUUCAUACCUGGAUUUCAACCAAAUCACUGGUCCAGGUAUUUACUUCAAAUGUUUUUUUCUUUUUUUUGGAUAAUUUCUGAGCAUGUUACCUAAGAAAAUUGUAACUUGAUGGAGGGUAAAGAUACAUGUAUGAUAUAGUUAAAACUAGUAUUUAUUGAAGCUAGGAAUCUUUGCAGUUUGCCUAUAUUGUCUAAAACGGCAAACUGCAAACAUGUAUUUUGAAUCAAAAUGUUAAAAAGUUACAAUUUUGGGGGUAACAAAUCCCAGUCUCAAAUAUUUGCAAAGUAUAUAUGAAGUGUAAAAUUAGUAUGUUACAAACAUUUUUGUCUGCUUUGCAUGUAUUUUUUUGUUGCUUUUAUCUUCUGUGAUAUGAUAAUGAAUAUUACUGCAUUUAUGGUAUGUUUUGCAACAUGUUUGAUAAUAUACCGCUAUGUUUAUGAAGUAUAUUGUUUCUAAUUAAUAUGUAUAAUUAUGAUUAUAUGUAUAUAUAUAUACUUUCUCGGAAACCUGUAGUCUCUUGUCAACACAGCGACUCUGUGAGUGCCGUAGCAAAAAAAUUGUUUUCUUCUGUCAUUGAAUAGUAGUCUACAGGAAGUCCCAUCCCAAAAUAAUUGUAAAUCUCAACUGAAAGUUGCAGAAUUCUCUCAAUCUCUUGGAAGGUGACAGGAGUCACUUGAUUGAAAUUUCCUGAAUUCCGAACAUUCUGAUAAAUGAAAACUCCAUUAGUACUUAGUGUGGAAAAAAAACGGGAAAAUCCCCCCCCCCCCCACCAUCUUUUUGGCUAUCAUGCAUCUAAGAGUCGAAAUUUUCAGCAAGAGAAUAUGGUUUUCCGAAAAUGGCCUGUAUAAUGAAGCUAUUUCAACUCUAGUUGACUAUAUUAUAAGCAUUUCUUUUAUCUUGACUAUAGUGGUAAUUAAUAUGUUUACAUUGAAUUUGGAGUUUGCUAGGUCAACUAUGUUGAUUAGAAAUUAGAAUUUUCUGAUAUGACCAACCUUGAUAAUAUUGUUGAAGGAAUAUUUUCUUUGUCAAUGAAAAAUACCUUGAUACAGGUAAAAUAUGUUAACAGAUUGUUAGAAAUGAUUGGCUUUAAAAGGCAGACCUGAAAAUUGGAAAUUAUGAUUUUAGUUGCACCGAACACUCUUAAGCUUGUGCUGGCUAUACAUGAAAAAUACAAGGAAUAAAAAACAUGGAUACUGUCAGGCACUAGCGGAAUUGUUCCUGACAAAGCUUGAAUUUAGUCUAACAUUGUCUGUUUCAGUUGGCUAACUUCCAGGCUGGCCAAUGUUUGAGGAAUGAAUACCUCAUAGAUGUGAACGCGAGUCCCAACAAACAAGUUCAGAUACUGAUACUAUAGGGUAUAAAUUAUUUAUUGACUCUUUUCUAUUUAUUUAAAUGACAAUCUUAACCAAAUCCAAAUAUUUCUAUAGAAAACGGGUAGUGACCAGAAUCUCUACCAUUGUAUACACAACAUAUGACAAGUUAUCCCCCUUGUUUAUUGGAGAGCGUAGCGCGUAAGAUGAGUGUUUGUCGAUGUACGAUUAAGAAGUUUGUUUUAUAUAUUAAAUCUGUAUGAGUUGUGAAGUUUAUUUAUAUAAAACCUGUGUAUAUUUAAUUCCUAUUCGCUGUCUCGACAGCCCUUGAUAUUUAAAUAAUAGUCAAUUAUUUAACCUCAGAAAGUCCAUUACUUGGAUUUGAUGCAAUAGAAACAAAGUUUUUGACAAUGUACAAUGUAUAUAUUAUUAUAUAGUUGGAUAAUUUAUUUCCAAUAAAAUGCACAUUGUUCAUUUCCCCCAA